UGAAACUAAAAGUUUUUUCUGCCAGGUGGCAACGUCUACUGCAAUUUGAUAUUAUUUUGGCCAAACAAAACAUUUGUGAAAUGCCGGUCGGAAUUUUUAAAUCUGUUCGCGAAGUAAGCAGCGAAGAUGCAGUGCAUUCGGCUGUCAAUCUAUUGAAGGAGAAUGCCGGCAAAAAGUGGAAAACACAAUCAACUGGCGAGAAAGCGGCUCAUAUUAUUUUAGAGUUUGAGGAGCCACAACAAAUCACUGGCAUUGACAUUGGCAAUGAGCAUUCAGCAUUUGUUGAGGUGCUGGUCAGCAAAACCGGUUGCCAGCAGGAUGACUUCAAGGAGAUGCUCCUUUCCAGCUCAUUUAUGACGCCGAUCGAGAGCAAAAAUUCGAGUAAUGUGAAUCGAGUGCGUUGCUUUAGUAGCGAUGCAUUGUCAAUCACCACACUGCCGGAUAAAUGGAAGCUGGUGAAGAUCGUGUGUACGCAACCGUUCAACAAGCAUGUGCAGUAUGGAUUGUCAUUCAUCAAGAUGCAUGUGAGCUCCAGUACGGCAGCAGCAAAGGCCAAACCUUUGGUGCCGGAUAAAUUUAAGCUUGCUCCUCUAGUGAGUCAAUUUAAACUGCGCGAGGAGUCGCCCGAUUCGGAUCCAGACGGCAAGGGUUCCUCGGCGCUCUUUCAGCGCUGGAAGGCAAGUCGCAAUGAAGUCAGCGCAGCAGCUGCAAUUCGAGAUGCCGCAUCGCCAGCUGCACUGCGCCGAUUAAGCGACACCAGGCCAGCUCCCUUAAAGGUGCAGGCAUCCACGUCUUCAUCUUCAUCAGCAGUCACCAAAACAGAAACAAAGCUCCUGGAUCGCAAUCGUAAUGCGCUUUUGUUUGGUGACGAUGAUCCUGACGAGGAUGAGAAUGAAGCUGCUAAGCUUGAAGAUGCAACUGAUGCCAAAAAGCAGCGACUCAGCAAACACAUUGAAGCGGACAGGAGCAGACGCCGCUUUGAGUUGGAGAAAGAGCUGGAGCAGAAGAAGGGCAAAAACAAGCGUCAAUCCAUCGAUACUCCCAAGGAGAGUCCGAAACCAACAGCAGCAGCAGCAUCAUCUGUUCCCAAAGAGAGUCCUAAACCCAAACCAGGCGCAGCACGUCCACAGAAACGUCUGUCCUCCUCCAUAGAUGACGUCAGCUCGCCGGCCAAAAAACAAAAGGUCAAAGCUGAUAAAACGAUUCAAUAUGUGCCAUUUAAUCAGCUUCUACGUGGUGUUGUCUUGGUCAUCAGUGGCAUACAGAAUCCAGAUCGUGCAGAUCUGAGAUCGAAAGCUGUUGCAUUGGGCGCCAAAUACAAAGCAGACUGGGAAGCUGGCUGUACGCAUCUUAUCUGCGCCUUUAGAAACACACCCAAGUAUAAUCAAGUUAAGGGUAAGGGCAAAAUUGUAACUCGCAGCUGGAUCGAAAAAUGUUAUACGCUCAAGAAGUAUUUGCCUUGGCGUCGUUAUGCGCUGGAUACCACGGAAUCGGGGCAGCCGGAAAGUGAUGAGGAGCUUUUUGAUAUAUCAUUGAAGCCCACAGUUGAUGACGAUGAUGAUGACAAGCAUGUGGAGAUGCAAGUGAAAAGCCCUAAGAGCGAAAAACAUGAAGCACAAUCAUCUGAUCCCGAUACUGAAGAUGAAUUGGAACGCGUUUCACAAAAGAAUAAAUUAAAGAAAACAAGUGAGGAGAAUCAGAACAAUAUUAAAAACAAAACCAACGAAUUGAACCAGAAACCAGUUUCCAAAUUGCAGAAUGUUUAUGAAGCUAGCACGGAUGAAGAAGAGUAUUUGCAGGAACUUCGAAGAAAGUAAUUUUUUAUUUAUAAAUUGUAUUUAGUUUAAUUGACAUGUAUUAAUAUUGUAGAUAUAUCAUAUGUUGUUU